AUGGUCACGGGCAGUUUGUGGCACCAGGCGGGCCAGCAUGGCUGGGCUGCGGACUCCAGGCGCCUCUACAGCAGCAGCAGCAGCAGCAGCAGCAGCAGCAGCAGCAAAGACAGCAGCAGCAGCAGCAGCAGAUAUGCAGCAAGGGGGGGCCUCAUAGGGGCCCCCAAAAAGAGGGGAAGGGGCCGCAGGCGCCUCAGCAAAGUUGGCCGGGUGGUUGUUUGCGUGCUGAUUUUGGUGCUGCUGGUUUGGGUGCUGCUGCUGUGGCGGUGGUUUGCUGCUGUCAAGCCAGCAGCAGACGAGCCGGAGCAGCAGCAGCUGCAGCAGCUGCAGCAGCUGCAGCAGCUGCAGCAGCUGCAGCAGCUGCAGCAGGAGGCCGUCGGCGCGGUUCCUGGAGAAGAGCUGCUGCAGCUGCAGCAGCAGCAGCAGCAGCAGCAAAGAAAGGCCCGCCGCGCAGAUGACACUGCCCAGCAGCAGCAGCAGCAGCCGCUGCUGCACACAAGCUUUAGCUCCCCCGCAGUGCGCCCACAGCAGCCGCAGCAGCAGCAGCAGCAGCAGCAGCAGCAGCAGCAGCAGCAGCAGCAGCAGCAGCAACAGCAGCAGCAGCAGCAAACGUUGGCAGUGCGUCAGGGAGAGAGUCAAGUCAGGGUAGGCGGCAGUUGA